AUGAACGACGACUGGUCUGGAGCCUGGUCUGACGAAGAACCCACAAAGAAAGUGGUGGACACUUGGUCCGAUGAUGAAGACAGCUUUGUUGAGAAGAAGGUAGUUUCAAGACGUUCUACAUCAAAAUCGGCGAAAAAGGACGAUUGGGAUGACGAUUGGGGCACGUCUCCAAGAGAAAUGAAGGCCACCACGUCUACUCGGUCCACUCAAAAGAGUACAGAUGACUGGGACGAUUGGGAUGAUGUUCCCAAACAGACUGCGUCGACGCAUAGUUCUAAAUCUCCCUCGAAAACAUCGACUGGCUGGAGUGACGACGACUCUGCUCCUUCCACCCAACCGCAAGAAAUCUCCAGCGAAGUGGUUUCGCACGCCUCCACCACAAUCCAUCCCCGCAAAACCGGCCGAAUGCGAAAAAUCGAGCCCAUGCCUGACGCCUUUGCGAUCCGCUCCACCCGCGGUCGCGUCCGCAGUUCGCGUCGCCAGCAGCAGCAGCAGCGCCAAGCGGAGGACGCGGAGCAGGCGCGUGACGACGCCAACGCGGACGACGGCGAGAUGAGCGACGAUUUCCUGGGGCUCUCGACGGCUGCCCCCAAAACGCACACGCGAGCCCACGUGGACGCGUCGUUCGAAGACUUCGGCGAGCCGGUCGAGCGAAGCCAGCCCGCGCGGCCGCGGCAGGAAGACGCGGGGAGCUUCUGGGACACGAACGCGGGCGAGGACUUGGACACGGAGCCGGCGAAGGACGCGAAAAGCAACGCGACGAGUACGCGGAAGAACGAUGGAAUCGACUCGCUGCUGGACGGAAUCGGCGACUUUUUCCAGAUCAAGAUCUCGGCGGAGGUGCACGACAAUGUGCGAAAGGGAGCGGACGGGCUGCGCCGCAUGGGGAAUAGUCUGUGGAGCGGGUUCGCUUCGAUGCUGGGCGAGGAAUACGCGCUGAACACGCGGUUUGUGUUCGAUGGGAAGGAAUAUGUGGCCAAGCACCGAGUGGCCGAAGGCGGAUUCUCGGUGGUGUACCGCGUGCAGGACGAUGCGGGACGGAACUACGCGGUGAAGGUGAUGAACGGAAGCUCGCCCGACGCCGUUCGCGAGAUCGAACGCGAAGUAAAACUGCUUCGCGCGCUGAAGCAUCCGAACAUCAUGCCGGCACUCGGGUUUUCGAAGCAGCAGAACGAGGCUGGAGUGACGCAGUAUUUGCUGCUGACGCCGUAUUACGAGGAAAGCGUGUGGGACAUCAUUGACCGAUUCAACGCGGAUCCAAUUCGCGUGUGGCCGUUCACAGAGCGACGAUGUCUGCAGCUGUUUAUCGAAACGUGCCGCGCAGUGAAGGUGCUGCAUGAUAAAGGACUGGUGCAUCGCGAUAUAAAGCCGCACAACAUCAUGUUGGAGAAGAAAAACGGAAAGGAGCGCGCGGUGCUGAUCGAUUUUGGGUCAGCGGCCGUGUUGGAUCAGCCGAUUCGAGACCGACGCGACGCAGCCAAUGUGAAAGAGGACGCGGAGAAGCAUUGCAGUGCGGCGUAUCGCGCUCCGGAGCUCUAUGAUCCGCGACCUGGAAUGAAUUUGGAUGGAGGUGUGGAUGUCUGGGCGCUGGGUUGCACGCUUUAUGCCAUGGCGUUCGGUACCUGCCCGUUUGAGAGCCCGGUGGAGGGAAUCAUGAAGUUGGCCAUUCUGGACGGGAAGAUUAGUUUCCCGAAGGACAAUACCUUCCGCUGCUGCACGUUUUCGAACCCGUUUUGUAAGUUUAUUCGUUUCAUGCUGCGUGUGAACAUUGAGGAGCGAAUCACGAUUGAUGACUGUCUGGAGAAGGCUCAACUUCUUUUGGAUCGUUGUCCCGAGCCUGAGUCGUACUAUCUUGUUUGA